GUCGUCAACAACAAGGUUCGUAAAUCGACUGACGAGAGAGCAGAGGCGACAGACAGUGGCUAAACACGGAGUGCGGAGCAACGUUGCGCGAGGAGACAAAACACUCUUCGCUUUAUCGAUUCUUUGUGGCAACCCGUGUACAGACAAAAUAUGUAUAUGCCGGAGCAUAUAUCAGGCACUGGAGACGCAAUGUCUAUGACGGGAAUGGAGAACUUCUCAAACCCUGCAACAAAUCCAACAGAUGAUCAAAGGAAAAUUGAAGCGGGACACGAUCACUUUUUUUUCCAGAUUCCCGAAGAAGCGGUUGGAUCCAUAUACGAAUCCGCGGAUUAUAUGGCAAUUAUGGAUAAAUUUGCAGAUCACUUCCACAGCGAUGUCGAAGCGCACUGCGAAACCGAUCCUGUUCGUCAGAUAAAAACCGUCAGAACUCAACUAAGAGACAUCACGCACACCCUCGACAAGCUCCUUGAAGACAAUGCAAAAAGAGAUCGUCGCGAGCAGUUCAUCUGGGCAGGCUUGGCUGGUCUCGCACUCGUCACACUCAUCUCGUUACUUCGCAAGUAAUUAUAACCAAUCAGUUUAUUCAUUUUUUCUCUCUACCCCCACUACGUCAUGUUUCUGUCCAAAAUGAUAACAAUGAUACGAAUAGAACAGUCUCCUUUGUACCUUCAAUCUCGACAUUUUGACUCUCGUCUAGACUUUUCAACCGCUUUAACUUUUUAUAAAGCAUAAGUUCACAUUUUUAACGAAUCUCGAUCCCCCCACACUACAUCGCUUUAAAAUCUCAAAUCCCGUUGUGAGAGUUUUGAUAAAUGAUUUGAAUUGAAUA